AUGUCAGAAGACCAAGUUAACGAAACCAAUGAUGUAAGUGAGUCUUAAAAACCAGUUGAUAUUUAAGGUGAUCCACCAUUAAUUGAUCAAAAAAUAGCUCAAUCUACUUAUGGAAAUGAUGAUGUACCUAUUGGGAAAUCUUAAAACAAAUAAAUGUUUGACGAAUUUCCACCUGAAGGUUUCGUCCCUAAAAAGCCACCUCCUAAGAAGGCAACCAAAAAACCAGUGCAUGCUCCUCCUGUUGAAAAUGAUGAACCUAAAGUUGUAAUUAACCCUGAUGAUAUACCGAUUAAAUAAGCAGGAGCAAAUGUGAUGGAUGAUUAGCCUGUUGGUGGAGGCAAAAAAUUUGCAAUUAGCGAAUAUCCCGAAGGAAUGGAAGGAGGAGGAGAAGAAAUUUAAUAGACAGUCCUACCAUUAGCUUAGCGCUUGAAGUCAAAAGCAUGGAAAUUAAGGCAAAGUGCGUUUGAGGAAAUGGCAGAAUUCUUUCAAAAAGACGAAUCUCUUGAUGAAUACUACGAAGAAUGGCCUAAAUUAAUCAAUGACAAUAAUCCUGGAAGUUAAGAAAAAGCUUUGAUAGCCCUUUAAAUAUUUAUUGCUAAGUGCAUUAAAAGCUAAUUUGCAGCAAGAUUUGAUGCUAAAGAGACUAUUAGAAUGUUAAUUGAUAAAUGCAUUGCACCAGGAAAGAAGCAAAUAGUCAAACUUAGUUAUGAAAUUUUAUUUGAUAUUUUUGAAAGAAGAGAUAAACAAGAGAUGUUUGAUGUAGUUAAUGAAAUGUUGAAAAAUAAAGUGCAAAAAGUAUAAUGUGCUGCAAUUCAAAGUUUAAUUGAACUAUUGAUUACAUUUGGUCCUAAGAGAUUGGAUUAUUUGAAACCCUUUUUUCCAGAAAUUGAGAAGCUAUCUCAAUCUACAGUUUCUUCAAUUAAGACUGAAUGCAUGAACUUUUACAAGGAAGCUCAUAAAUGGUUGGGCGAACCAAUUUUAGCUCCCUUUAUAAAAGGCUUAAAAAAACUGCAAUUAGAAGAAUUAGAGAAAUUUCAAAAAGAAUGGCAACCCGUUCCAAUGGUGCCAACAAGAGGAGGAGAUGCUGUAACUGUUGGAUAAGGAGGUGGAGCUAAUAAUGGGUUAGAUGCAUAUGAUUUGGUUGAUGCAGUUGAUAUUUUCAAUAAAUAUAAUGAAAAGUGGUGUGAUAAGGUCUUGGCCUAGACUAAAUGGAAUGAAAAACAAGCCUUGUUAGAUUAACUGUUAAAAGAGGCAGCUACUCCUAAAAUAGCUGCUGGUAACUAUGUCCCAAUGAUUGCUCUGAUUAAAAAGCUAUUGGCAGAUUCUAAUUAGGUAAUAAAUGUAUGUGCUAUUAAAUUAUGCGGAGCUUUUGUUAAGGGGCUUAGAAAAAACUUUAAUGCUUAAGCAAAACUUCUAUUUCCUCUUUUGAUGGUUAAAUUGAGGGAAAAAAAAAACAUUUGUUAAGAAGCAAGAGCUGCUUUGGAAUUAUUUCAUUACUGUUUAUAAGUGGAAGAUGUUGUAGAAGAUUUCAAAGAAGGACUUGCUGAUAAAAAUCCUUAAAUGAGAGCCCAAUGUCUGCUAUUAUUUGCUAAACUUGUUUAAUUGAAAGGAUUUCCACAAGGAGCACCUAAACCUAAGUUUGUAGAUUGCGUCAAAUAAAUAUUACCCCAAGCAAAGAAACUUAUAGAAGAUAGUGUUCCAGAUGUAAGAGAGGCAGCAGUAUAGAGUCUAGGCACUCUGAAACCUUAUCUAUCAGACUAAUUAAUCAAUUCCUUUUAUUCAGAUAUUGGAUAAUAAAAAUUAAGUAAAAUCAAUGAGAUUUCUGGUCAAAUUGAAGAGGAGAAGAAAAAGGAACAAAUCAAAAAAUAACCUCCAUAAACUAAAGAAUAACAAUCAGCUUCGUAAAUUCAAUAAUCUGCUACACAAAACAAUACAAUUCAAUAGGGGACUGCCAAGAAACCUCCACUUUAUUCAAAAAGUAAUAUUGUCAUUACUGAAUAACCAGAUUAAAGUGUAGAUCAAUUAGAAAACUCGCUUAGAGGUUAUGGAGUUGAUGAUCAGUUCUUUGAGAAUAUAAAUGGUAUGGCUAAAUAGAAGGCUGAAGCUAUUAAAAUGCUCGAAAAUGAAACAGAUGUCAUGCAAAAUCAUUUUGAAGACAUAUUGAAUUUCUUAAGAUUUAAAUUGAAGGAUUGGAAAGAAGCAAAUCUUUCAAUCAACAAGGAACUGUUCUCUAUUUUAAUCUAUGCCAACAACUUGGAUCCUAAGCCUUUUACUCAAAAAUCAUUUUAGCCUUUGUGCAAACUCCUGGUUGAAAAAAUGACUGAUUCCAAAUUUAGAGAAGAUAUCUAUAUAAUUUUGAAGGGAUGUUGUGAAUGUGUCAAUCCGAAAUAUAUCAUAUUGUAUUUGAUGACUUAAGCUGUGCCAAAGGAAGACAAGGAAAGUGGAAAAGUUAUGAUUGUGCCUCCUUAAAAGACUGGAGAAGUAAUUAACAAUAUCUCCAAGAUUAUUGAAAUAGUUACUAUUCGAAAUGUUCCCACUAAAGAAAUUAUAGAUUUCGGCAAAGAAUAAUUGCAAUCAACAAAUGCUAUUAUCAAGACUUCUUGUGUAGAAUUGUUUAAAACUAUCUAUAAGUAUAUUGGUUAAGAGUUACUUUAGUUUUUAUAAGAUGUCUAACCACCAAUUAUGAAAACACUAAGCUCUGAAUUCGAAAAAAUAUCAGUUUUAACUUCUUAUGAACCUUCAAUCACUUUUACAGGAGAAGCAGCUAAAGAAUGUGGAGUUAUACAGUCUCAGCCCUUAUCUUAAUCCAUUAUGCAAUCUACACAAUCAUCCAUGAAUGAUAACUUACCAAGAGCUGACAUUUCAAACUAGUUAUAAUCAGUCUUAAAGAAAAUGGCCGAUAUCUAAUGGAAUAAGAGAAAGGAAGGAAUUGAAGAAUUAGAUAAAAUAUUAAUACACAAUAAUAAUAGAAUUUAAAUAAAUGGAUUAAACGAUUUAAUCAAUAUGUUAAAACAAAGAUUGAGUGAUAACAAUAAAUAAUUAGUUAGGCCUAUUGUACAAAUUGUGGGUAGAGUUGCUGAAGCCUGUGGAAAAGAUUUCAAAUCUUCAGGCAAGUAAUUAAUUUAACCAUUAAUUUCUAUUCUUAGUGAUAAACAAGUAUUAGUUAGGUAGGAUGUUGUUGCUAGUUUAGAUAAAUUUUGUAUAGCCAUUGGAAUUGAUUAAGUAGUGUUGCAAAUGCCUCCUUAUUUAUAGAUGGAGUCUAUCGAGUUGAAAUAAGAAGUUUUGUUAUUCAUUAUGAAGUACAUUGAAGCAUUACUUAAAAUUGAUUACAAACCAUUCAUAUUGCCAUUAAUUAAUUGUCUUUGUGAUAGAGUAAAAGAAGUUAGAUAGGCAGCCGAAUAAGUUUGUGAAAGAAUGGUUGAAGAUGUGGGCAUAGAUCCAUUUUUAAAUUAAAUGAAAGAUCUAAAGCCUGCAGUUGUUUAAUAAGUAAGGUUAUUUUUUGCUAAAUUUGGGAUGGCCGAAUUAGAAGACACAUCCAAAAGAACUGGGAAAACACCAAAAGGAAAACAAUAAUAAUUACAACAAAGUUAGUAAUAAGACAUCAGAAAUAUGAAGAGAAAUUUAACUACUAAAGAUUUACAAAAUGAUUUAAAUACUUCUCAAGAACCAAAAUAAAGAAAUGAAAGAACUCCAAACAAAUCAUUGCAUCAAAAAUCUCUCAAAACUUUACCAUAAGAUAAUACUCCUUUAAGAUAAUAAAAAGAAAAGGCAGUCUUCCAAGACAGCAACAGUUUAAUUGCAAAAAGUUCUAGCAUCAAGGAAAUGAAAUAACUAAGAAUACAAUCAGAUUCAGUUUAAUCAUGGGCUAAUGAUUGUUUUCCAAUUAGCACAUUUAGUGAUCUCUAUGUUUGUUUAAGAGAGGACCUUUACAAUAAUCUGAUGUCAUACAAUUAUAAGGACGUUAUGAAAGGUAUAUAAUAAUUGAUGACUGUUUGGAAUGAUCCUGAGUAAAAGUCAGAUAUAAUUGAAAUAAGUGAUUUACUUCUCAAAUUUGUACUUGUUAAAAUAUAUGGAAGUUCUGCUAAUCAACUAUUAAUGAAUGCCUUGAUUAGCUACUUAGAUGCCUUCUUUUAAACAAUUUCAAAAGCAAGGUAUAUCUUGACUGAAGUAGAAUAAAUUGUUACAAUCUCCAUUAUAAGAGAAUUGAUCUACGCUGGAGUUGACGUCCAUCUAGAGUUAAUUCAAAAUUUACAAUAUGUAUUCUCAGCUGUGAUACUUUUAGAAAAACUUCUGCAAUUAUUAAAAAUUAAUCCUUAAAUUAUGCAUCCAUUUUUAAUUGAUUAAAGGGAUAGGAUAAAUACCCAAAUAUGCAAUUUAAUCAUCUAAGGUUAAUUGGCCAGAUACUUUCCUUUGGAUCUAUUCCCAGAGUACUCUUAAUAUUUAACUAAAGAAUUACAAAAUGAACUCAUAGCUUUACAUGGAUAUCAUUCUAUUAGAAGAUACACUUAAUAAUAAUAGCCAAAUUAACAAUAAUAAUAACCAUAAUAACAAUAAUAAGUGAUUUAAUCAACUUAGUAAUAAUAAUAAUAUUAAACUGGAAAGUAACCUAUUAUAUAAGGCACUGUAUAAUUAUAAUCAGCAAAGGAUCCAAGAUCACAGUAAUUCUUGUAAAUUUUAGAUUCUCUUCUUAGUUAAUAAACCUCUCAAAAUAUAGAGUCUUUAAUGUAAAUUAGUGAUUUGCUUACCUAAAAUAUUUAAUAAAAUUAAUAAUUAUUUGUUGACAAUGCCGAGGCAAUUUGCAAAUGCUUUCAAACUUUAUUAUAGAAUACGUUUAACUAAAGAGAAACAUAUCCUGCCUAGUUUAUAUAGUUCUUUUUAUAAGCAUUGAAUAAAUUGUAUUAGCUAAAGGCUUAUGUAAACUAAUUACCAUAUGAACUAUUAUGUGGAUUUACUGAAGAGAUUAUGCUUAGACUGCUAUUGGAAGACGAAUUGAAGAAUCAGUAAGAAAAUGGAGAUGCUAUCAAGCAACUUAAUUCUACUAUUCUUCGUAUCUUAGAAAACACUAGUUAAGAUAUUAUGUUUUCAAUAUUAUUUGAUGUAUUGACCAAACAUAGGCGUAGAAGCAAUGCAUAAAAAAUGAUAGAUUUGCUAGUUAAAUGCAUAGCUAGAUUAACUGUCAAAAUCGAAUAAAAUAGUAAUAUUAGGAUUGAAUUACUCCUUCUUAAAUUUCAUAAUUAUUUAAAUGAGUUCUCGAUGAGUCCAAAUUUUGCUCUUGAUGAAAAAGGAGUUAAAACUAUAAAAGUUGUACUUUAAUAGUUGGUUAAGAUAAAAGGAGAAAGAAUUUGGGAAAAUUAUCAUUUAGUCAGCAGAAGUACUUCAUAGGAUCAAUAUUUAAAUAAAUGGAUACAAGCGUAUUUAGGCAAUCCUUCUUUGUAAAAUGCAUAACAAGAAAAUAAUCUUCCAGAUCAAGAACUAUAAUAAAUAAUCGACAUGUUAAGAACACCUUCAUUAUUAGAUGGAGGCAUUCUAAAAAUGGUAGAAAAAAUUAAGAGAAGUCCAAGUAUCAUAUUUUAAAUAAUGUAGAUAUCUAAUGGCAAAAGUAUGUCCCAGAUUAAUAAGUCUAAUUACUUAUAUAGUAGUAAUUGACAAAUGGAUAAUUAUCCAAUUAGGGAGGUUACAUGAGUACUUAACCUUCAUUAUAAUAUUCCUAUCAAACACAACUACCUCUAUAACAAUCACAAUUAUAAUAACCUUAACUCUCUGUUAAACCUUAGUUAUAACAAUAAUAAUAACAAUAAUAAUAAUAAUAAUAAUAAUAAUAAUAAUAAUAAUAAUAAUAAUAAUAAUAAAUUUUACAGCAAUUACCUUCUUACUCAAGAACAACAAGAGCAGCUGAUCCUUAAUAAUAAUUUAAUGAUUCUUUUGGUGUUUAAUAGAUCAAUCAAUAUAUGUCAGUUAAUUAAUAUCAAAUGAAUUAAAAUCAAAUAGGAUAAUAACAAUAAUAAAAUGUAAAAACUCCAGAGUACCUAAUGUAAAAAUUAACCGACAUGAAAAAUAAAGUUCAAACUCUAGUAGGACCAAAUAAUGUAUAAUAAGCAUAGAAUCCUAGAUAAUUCCAAAAUAAUCGUAUGCCUUAAUGA